UGAAAUGAAUGUGAGCCACACAAAUAAUAAAAAAGGUGAAGUUGGAAGAAUUUUCUGGGACGUCCCAAAAAGGAAAGUUGGAAGAAUUUUCUGGGACGGAUGGAGUACAAAGUAGGAAUAGAGGCUACCUCUCUUUUGCACAGCAAUCAAGGUCAGCCUCUUUUUUGCACAAGAAUCUAGGAGGCAAGAGACAGCUUUUAUACCCCCCAUAACAUCACUUAUCAGUUCUUAGCAGCACUGCUGGUAGGCUAUAGUUUUGUUCCCGAUUCCUAUUAUCCCCGGAACUAUAUAAUAUGAUGAAGAGUGUCGGAGUUCCGUCGAAUUCGGCUAUUUGGGUCACAUCUCCCCACGGCGCGAUCCAUUUCUUCCAUGUAUCUAUAUUUUGCAGUCUCAUUCCUCACAAAAACAAAUCCUAUGACGCAGUUGCCUUCUCUAACAUCCGCCGCACUUCUGUUGUGUCUGAACUCCGCCACAGUUCCAGCCUAGUUAAAUCUGAGGAACCCGCUGAUGACGAAUAUGAGGAGAAAGUUGUUAGAAAUAGUUCUUAUUAUACAGACAUUGCUUCAAAGAUAGAAGACUUGAGUACAAAUGGAUUACCUCUUCAAGCCGAAAGAAUUGCAUUUGGUAUGAGAUCUGAAGGCUAUCUACCCGAUGUUGCAACCCUAUCUGCCUUGAUGUUAUGCUAUGCCAGCAACGGUCUAGUAAGUAAAUCGCUUGCAGUUUGGGAUGAAAUAGUAAACAGUUCUUUUGUGAUGGAUGUUCAAGUAGUUACAAAACUAAUUGAUGUCUACGGACGUAUGGGACGUUUUGAUAUUGUUGUAAGAAUUCUUCGUCAAAUAAAAAUAAAAGACCCUACCAAGCUUUCACAUGUUUAUCCAUUGGUUAUAUCUUGUUUUGGAAAAAGAGGUCAACUUCAACAGAUGGAGGUUAUGCUAAAGGAGAUGGUUUCCAUGGGGUACUCUAUAGAUUCUGCAAUGGGAAAUGCCUAUGUCAUAUACUAUAGCCGGUUUGGCUCACUUUCCGAGAUGGAAUGUGCCUAUGGGCGCCUCAAGAGUACGAGAAUUCUCAUAGAGGAAGAAGCAAUUAGGUCAAUCUGUAGUGCUUAUAUCAAAGAGGAGAAAUUUUACCAACUAGGGGAGUUCAUCAGGGAUGUGGGCCUUGAUAGGAGGAAUGUAGGGAAUCUUCUUUGGAAUGUUUUGUUAUUAUCGUAUGCUGCCUGCUUCAAAAUGAAAAGCUUGCAGAGAGAAUUUGUGAGAAUGACUGAAAGUGGAUUUCGUCCUGAUCUUACUACGUUCAACAUUAGGUUAUCCGCUUUCUCAAAAAUGUCCUUAUUCUGGGAUCUUCAUGUGAGCAUUGACCAUAUGAAGCACGAAAAUGUGGUUCCUGAUAUUGUUACUUAUGGAUCCAUCAUCGAUGCUUACCUGGAGAGAAGACUAGGAAGGAAUUUGGAUUUUUCUUUGGGCAAAAUGAAUGUGAAUGAUCAUGUUUCUGUGCUAACAGAUGCACUCAUGUUUGAGGCUUUAGGGAAAGGGGAUUUCCAUUUAAGUUCAGAGGCUUUCAUGGAGUACAGCAGGAAAAGGUGGACUUAUAAACAGCUUAUAAGAACUUACCUGAGGAAAAUGUCCCGACAUGAUCAAAUAUUUUGGAAUUACUAACAAUGAGAAAAGCACAGUUUAUCAAGUUUUUUCUUGAGAAUUAGCCUCACAUGUUUAGUGGUCAAAAUUUUCGAAACAAACUGCUUCUGCUAUCAAUAUGGAGGUUAUCUUGUGCAAGACAGUGUCAUUCACCAGAUAAAUUUUCCACGGUGCAGGUACUAGAAACGCUGUCAACCCUAUCAUGUGUUUGAUGAAGGACUGAGAAAUUCUCGUAUAAUAAUGAAGAGCCAAAUCUCAUGAAUAUAUACACACUUACACGCACGAAUGAGGAAAAGCAUGGCUAGCUAACCUUCCUAAUUCCUAUAGUUGAGUGUAGCUGUGUGGUAACAUUUCCACUAUGCAUGUGAGUUACAAAAUAAUAUGUACAAACAAUAAGAAGAUAGAAAAAAUCUUAAAUAAAUAUUAUGUUCUAAUA